AUGGAGCUCUUCUUCACUCCAAUGCCCGUCUUCAUUGCCAAGAAGGAACACAUUUUCGGGAGGAACUUUUAUGGUGCGAAACCUCAGUUCUGUGGGGGUGGGCGAUUGCAUGAUGUUGCUAUUGAGUGUGACACUGUCGAUAUGCUCAAGGACCCUUGUCUUGUUCUUAGGGUUUACAGUGAAGUGGUGAUGCAGAUCAGGAGAUUGAAGUGGAAGCUUUGCGACAAUGGGACAAUACUAUUUGAUGAUUCUCCCAGGCCAGUUGAGGUUGUUUGGGAUGUUCAUGACUGGUUGUUGGGUAGUGCAGAUGUUCAAGUUCCAAACUUGCGUAUCUGCUGA